UGUUUAAUUAUCAUCACUGCAAAACAUCCUCCGCCUUGAUUUUAUGUUCAAUCAUGUGGGGUUUAUCAUUGCCAAAAACGAAGGAAGAACAUUUUCGCUAUAUACGAGAAGGAUUUUCGAACAAAUGACUUCCAGCAGCUGAGGAGUCUUUUUGUUCAAUCCUUCUAAAUUACAUCCAGUCAGAAGGGUUAAACUGCGGGUUUGACAUAUAUAUGGCGUUUGAUAGAAUACACAGAAGUUGUUUGGGUGAAAUUGGACAUAAUUUGACUUUGGCCGAAUGCUAUACCACAUUCAUGGUAUUGAAAGAAAGGUAUCGAACAUUUAAAUAUUUUAUAGAUUACCCAUUGGGUGUUUUCAACAUACACGCAAAGACCGUCUAUCUUGACGAGGACGAUCGUGAGGAAGCAUUUGAGUUUUGGCCAUUAGCAAACCAUUAUUGUAGCAACAAUCCUGAACCUUUAUGGGAAACCUUGAAGAUAAUUUUCGAACCACUAGGCCUUGACCCAUAUCCUGGUGAAAUGCGGGCGAGAGAUGAACGUAACCUUCGCAAACUUGACCAAGUUGUUCGUGACUACUGGGCCGAAGAAAGACGUAUGGCAGCACAACGAAGAAGGAGAGGAAAUUGAGAUUGUUGUCGCGUAUGCACUUUUUAGAUAAAUGAUUUUUCUUUCAUUUCAGAACAUUUUUUUGUAAUCUACAUUGCUAUUUGAUAU